UUUGAAGUGAUACGUGGCUAGGUAGCAAUUCAGUAAUAUUCCGAAAGAGCUGCAUCCAUGGCGUCCGUCAAGCCUCUUGUUGCCAUCGCCCUCCUCCUCCUUGUCGCCGUUCUCAUGGUUGCGGACGCGCAGCCGGCACCCAAGAUAGAUUGCCCAUCCGCGUGCAAGGCUCGUUGCGCAAAGAACGAUAGGAAGAACGAGAUGUGCAAUAAGGACUGCAACAUCUGCUGUGGCAAGUGCAACUGCGUCCCCUCCGGCACCGGCCAGGACACACGCUACGAAUGUCCCUGCUACGCCAACCUCGUCGACUCCAAGAACGGCAAACCCAAGUGCCCCUAGAGGCCUAGACCCCAAACCGAAGGAACGCACGCAUGGCAGCCUGCCAGCUACUUGCAUAUGGAUCUGAUGAAAUGUUCUGCUGGAUGAAAAUCAUAUAUCUAUGGUUUUAUUUUCUACUUGAUUGCUGAAAAUCUGGAAUGAGUUAAUGCAUUACUCUUCUUGUG